CAGACUACCAACGGUGCUGAUCCAUCGUCCUUGCAAUCCUGAGGCCCCAAACAACUCCUCGGUCGCAGCCUCGCCGCCGCCCACCAUGCCGCCGCAUAUCCCCGCCGGCGGCGGAUCCGCCGCGCGCGCCGCCGCCGUCCGCCUCCUCUGCACCGCCACGGUCCCUGCUGAGACCGGCCCCCUGCCCCACCUCCUCGCGCUCCCGCCCCUCACCCCGUCCCCCGCCGCCGACGAGCUCGCACGCCUACUCCCGGCGCACCACAACCCCUUCCAUCCGGCCGAGUCCCCGCUCCAGCUACUCUCCGGCGGCGGCGUCUCCCUUUCGGGGGACCUCCUCGUCCAGCUCCUCCUCCGCCUCCGCGGCGCCUCCAAGCUCGCGCUCUCGCUCCUCCACUCCGCGCGCCUCCACCCGUCCUUCGCCCCCACGCGGCCCCCCGCCGACGCCUACGACGCCGUCGUCGACGCGCUCGGCCGCGCGCGCCAGUUCGACGCCGCGUGGCGGGUCGUCGUCGACGCCGCGGCCGACGGCGCCGCCUCGCCACGCACGUUCGCGGUGCUGGCGCGGAGGCUCGUCGCCGCGGGCAUGACGCGGCAGGCCAUUCGGGCGUUCGACGACAUGGAGGCGUUCGUCGGGAGGGAGCCCGACGCCGUCGAGUUCGCCACGCUGCUCGACACGCUCUGCAAGUACAAGUACCCCAAGGUCGCUACUGAGAUAUUUAAUAAAAGGAAAUACAAGUACGAGGCAAAUGAAAAGAUGUACACUAUUUUAAUUUAUGGAUGGUGCAAGGUAAAUCGGAAUGACAUGGCACAGAAGUUCCUAAAAGACAUGAUUGAUCAUGGAAUAGAACCAAACAUAGUCACAUACAACAUUCUCCUGAAUAGUAUCUGCAGGCAUGCAAGUUUGCACCCUGAUAACCGAUUUGAUAGAACAGUUCAUGCAGCUGAGGAUCUGUUGAAGGAGAUGCGUGACAAGCGAAUUGAACCGGACGUAACCAGCUACUCAAUCAUCUUGCAUGUUUACAGUCGUGCACAUAAACCUGAGUUGUGUCUCUGUAUGUUCCGCUCAAUGAAAGAGAGAGGCAUUUGCCCCACAGUAGCAACCUACACUUCUGUGAUCAAGUGCCUUGCCUCCUGUGGGAGAUUGGAAGAUGCUGAGACCUUGCUUGAUGAGAUGGUUGCAGAGGGAGUAUGUCCAUCUCCAGCUACCUACAAUUGUUUCUUCAAGGAGUAUCGGGGGAGAAAGGAUGUGAGUCGUGCUCUACAAUUGUACAAUAAGAUGAAGGCAGCUGGUUCACCAACAGCACCUGAUAUUCACACAUACAACAUUCUGCUAGGAAUGUUCAUCAAACUGGACCGACAUGGAUCUGUUCUGGAAAUUUGGAGCGAUAUGUGCGAGAGCACAGUGGGUCCUGAUCUUGAUUCGUACACCUUGCUGAUUCAUAGUUUAUGCGGCCGCCAGAAAUGGAGGGAGGCAUGCCAGUUCUUCAUGGAAAUGAUAGAGAAAGGUUUUCUUCCCCAGAAGAUCACCUUUGAAACGCUGUAUCGUGGACUGAUACAGGCAGAUAUGCUGAGGACCUGGAGAAGGCUGAAGCGCAGGGUUGAUGAAGAAGCAGCAAAAUUUGGUGAUGAGUUCAAACUUUAUCACAUCAAGCCUUACAAGAGGUGAACAUGUGCAAAAGUUGUAUGCUGGCUUUGUGACUCCAACAUGACUGGAACACAACCAUCAAGUUUAUCUCAUUGAAACUGUCACUCGAAUACGAAGUUCCUGACCAAAGAUGAGCUAGCCACUGUAUGUGGAAGCAGGGAACUGGUGAGAAAGAUUUACAAAGUGGCACUUGUAACAAUGACUCUGCUUGAUGUGUACAACCUGUUGAGCAUGGACAUGGUAUUAGAACAGUUAACAAAAGGCAGUUAUUCAUUGUUAUGUUCUGAGAAACUUGAAGAAAUAAGUUUGCUUGCGGCUUUGAUUUUACUGACCAGGUGAAGACUAUUCUGCAGUGCUGUUAGUGUUAGGAACGUCCUCCAAGCAAUCGCAUCAGUUGCUAUUCCAGUCAUGCAGCAUAAACCUUGGUGAUUCCCACUUUGACAUGAAAUUAAGCUUUUUAAAGGCAAUGCAGGAUCACAUAUGUCCAGAGGUUAAUGCUGUGCUUUCUAUAGUUGAUACGUGGGCUAUUAAGUAUGAUGCCUAUUCUUGGAUAAUCGAGGAAAACACUAGAAUUUGUUUAUAGGAGGAUUCAUUCCCUUCAUACAGGAUAUUUGCCCCUUUAUCCCCUCAAACAUGCAUGCAAUGGUACAGGAAACAGAGACGGCUCUACCUCAAGUACAGGCUGUACAGCAAACAGAGCAAUAAGAGAUUUGUCGAUUCGCAUCACCCGUUAGUACCAGGUUCAUCAACCUUCAGGCAUGGUUUUUUUUUUUGGAUAUUCAGGCUUUUUUUUUGCGGCCGAGAGCAGUUUGGUUUGGUGGUAGUAGCUUUGGCAUCUGUUUUGUUCAUGUCUUGGUAUUCUUGAACUGCAGUUUGGUAAGAACAGGGCAGUGCAGUGGCAGUGCUUGCAGCUUGCAAUGUGCACAGGCACACGGGAACCAACUGAAAGCACAUGGCUGAUCUUCAUUCUUCAAGUAGAGCCUCACGCGAGAAGAAAAUAGUGCAGACUUGCAGUUGCGAUAUCUCUAUCGAUGGACUUGCAUAUCCGGUGGUUCAGUUUUUGUUUUCGGAUAUGCUCCUUUGUUUCACUGAAAUGUGGGUUCAGAAGUGCCACUGACGGGAGUUUCUGAACCCAACAAGGUGUUGUACGUGUGCUCGAACACCUUGAGGUGCUUCCGUACUCCAUAAAAAAACACACCGAAAUGUGCAUGAAAAAUUGAACCAAAAAUAUGUAUGGAUAGAGAAUGAAA